AGUUCAUCACUAUAUGGUGACUGGCACGAAGCGCAAGAGUUGUGCACAGUUGAGUUUUAUGCAAACGACGAUCAGAAGUGCCCCGCACAGUGCGCGUGCAAAUGAAACAAAGAUGAUUUACGCACUAUUUUCAGACGUUUUCCCGGUGAACAGAACCGGCUGCGCGCUCGGAUCUCCGCGUUCGGCUGCAGCCAGCUCGGAGCUCAGUCUCUGCGGCUUCCACAAUGGGAGGAGUGAGACUAUCAUCGGGUCCUGCCCCCUGUGCUGCAAACAUAUAUAAAAGACAUGGAUCCAUCCAAGCGGCUCACAAAACCCUGUCAGCUUAACCUGGAAAAUCAAACAGAGUAGAACACUCUAAAUCAGUGCAUGCAGGCUGAUUAAAACAGGCUGUACUUGCAACCGUUUGCAUUGACUUUGCAUGCAAAAAGAAGAAAUGGAUUCGUUAUUAUUUUAAAUGGAUGCUUAUAUUUCACUCUGCCAAUAGCAUUAUUUGAACACAAUCUCGUCAGAAGAAUAAAAGCGUAUCUGAAGAAUGGCUCUGACUGAAGCUGAGUUUGAGAGCGGCAGCAUCAUGAAGGAAUGGGGCGGACAGGUUCAGCCGGCUUUGAUAGCAUCCUUCGUCAUCCUCUUCUUCCUGGAGGCCUGUCUUUGGGUCCGAAAUCUCACGAUCAAGAAAAGGCUCCCAGGCCCGUUCGCCUGGCCCUUGGUGGGCAACGCCAUGCAGCUGGGGCAAAUGCCUCACAUCACCUUCUCCAAGCUGGCAAAGAAGUACGGAAACGUCUACCAGAUCCGACUGGGGCGAAGCGACAUCGUGGUUCUGAACGGACACGAGGCCAUACGCAAGGCGCUCAUCGAGCACAGCACCGAAUUUGCCGGGAGGCCGAACUUUGUGUCCUUUCAGAUGAUUUCCGGCGGCCGGAGCAUGGUGUUCAGCAGUUACAGCAAACAGUGGAAGGUGCAUCGGAAAAUAGCGCAAUCGACCUUGAGAGCGUUCUCGUUGGCCAACACUCAAACCAAGCAGACGUUCGAGCAGCACGUUAUAGGCGAAGCCAUGGACCUGGUCCAGAAGUUCCUACGGCUCAGCGCCGACGGACGACACUUCAAUCCUUCGCAUGAAUUCACCGUCGCAGCAGCGAACGUAAUCUGCGCGCUCUGCUUUGGGAAACGCUACGGCCGCGACGAUCCCGAGUUCAGGACUCUUCUGAGGAGAGUAGAAAGGUUCGGCGAAACCGUCGGCGCUGGAAGCCUGGUGGACGUCAUGCCCUGGCUGCAGUCGUUUCCCAAUCCGGUCCGAAGCGUUUAUCAAAACUUCAAGCUCAUCAACGAAGAGUUCUUCGCUUACGUGAAGGACAAAGUGGUGCAGCAUAGAGACACGUACAACCCUGAGGUCACCCGUGACAUUAGCGAUGCAAUCAUUGGCGUAAUUGAGCACGGGAAAGAGAACAUGCUGACUAAAGACUUUGUUGAGUCUACAGUCACUGAUUUAAUCGGUGCGGGACAGGACACCAUGUCAACAGUCAUGCAAUGGAUAAUUCUGCUUUUAGUAAAAUACCCUUCAAUCCAAAGCAAACUGCAAGAGCAGAUCGAUAAAGUAGUAGGUCGUGACAGACUCCCAUCGAUUGAAGACAAGAGCGACCUGGCCUACCUGGACGCCUUCAUCUACGAAACCAUGCGCUACACCAGCUUCGUCCCCGUCACCAUCCCGCACUCCACCACCUCAGACGUCACCAUCGAAGGUCUCCACAUCCCGAAAGACACCGUGGUGUUCAUCAACCAGUGGUCGGUCAACCACGACCCCCAGAAGUGGCAGGACCCUCACAUCUUCAACCCGUCGAGAUUCCUGGACGAGGCCGGAGCUCUGGAUAAAGACCUGACCAACAGCGUGAUGAUCUUCUCGACAGGUAAGAGGAGAUGCAUUGGUGCGCAGAUUGCCAAAGUGGAGGUCUUUCUGUUCUCCGCCAUCCUCUUGCACCAGUGCUCGUUUGAGAGCAACCCGUCUCAGGAUCUCUCCAUGGACUGCUCGUAUGGUUUAACACUGAAGCCCCUCGAAUACACAAUCUCGGCGAAGCUCAGAGGGAAACUUUUUGGCCUGGUAUCGCCGGCAUGAGUGUAAAUAAAUAACCAGCUUGUUAUUGUGACUAAAGGCCAGCAGAGACUGAACGUAUUACAAAUGUAUUCCACAUAAUGAGUAUUAGUAAAGCUGCACUGAAUGCUGUUUAGUAAAUGUAUAUUUAAUAUUAUCUAAUAUUUAUACACGUUUGCAAUGAUUCAAUGAACUGAUUUAUUCACAUCCAUAGAAUAUUUUGUCAGGUAACUGAAGAGAUUUUUAACGGUAAUGUUUUAAUUGCUUUAUGAAACAUCAUCUAUGCUUCAAAAUAGCGUUAGAAGGACUGCGAUAUGAAAUGUUUAUAGUCCAAUGCUAAGCCACUAUCACUGUAGACAUAUCAGUUAUUAUGUAAUAUUAUGCAAUUGUUUGUAGAUUGUGUUGAGUCAUGUUAAUGGGCAGCAGCUGUUGGAGUACUUUUACUUCCUUUGAGCUCGACUCAGAUUUGGCAUCGCAGUGCAUUUGAUUAUUCUUGCAUUAAACUGUAUAACAAUGUGAUUAUGUACUUCAGGUUUUUUUUAAAGUAUUAGGCAUUUAGGCAUUUAUUUAUACCAUUAUACUUUUUUUAAUAUGAAUUCUAUUCUUUAUAAAAUGCAUAUAAAUUUGAGAUUCAUUUGUUAAAAUUAGAGUAGUUUGCAGUCAACGCUUUUGCAGUGUCUUUUCUAUUGCUCAGCAAAUCUCAAAAUGAAUUCUGGACGAGCUUUCAGCUUUCAGCUCAUUAUGUCAUUUGGAAGGUUCUCCGACAUGCACAAAAAAAUCCUCAAAAUCAUGCAUGAACCCAGCGGAAUAAAUUAGAGCUACUAUCUCAAGAUGUACUCCUAUAUAGCAUCGCAUUUAUUAUGAUCUACACUGAAUGUUUUGCAAGCUCUGUAACUAAUACAGCUUUUUUUUUUUUAAAUAUUGUUUUUUUUAUUUUUCAGGUAUUGUUUUAAAUAUUUGUUAUUUUUAUUAUUGGAAAAUAAGCUAUAAGUGGAAUAAAUAAAGUGCUGUUCUACAACCCGUGAA